CCGAGGAAUAGCUGAGAGCAAAUACGCCCUCGAAAUUAUUGCCUUGGUCGAUUGAUCAAAACCUGCAUAACAGUGGACAUACUCUGCGGACACCUUCGAAUGGGCGAGAAUCGGGUGGAUUUUCGAAGUUGGGAAGGCAAAGGUGAGAAACACAACUGUUAGGCCGUCAUAUAGCAUUGCAGUUCCUUUUCGCUCCGUCAUCCUAGAGGAUUUUGCGUCUGUGUGGGUGAUAGGUUGAAAGUCGGAGAUUGUUUCAUAUGUCUCAACCGAGGUUAUCUGUCCAUCUGUGAAUAUCGAUCUGUGGAAAAAGGAGACAAUAGUACAGGGGCCAAAGAAAGAAGGGAAAAAAGGGGAGGGGGGUUCUGAAUUUAUCAUUGUCAACAUCCUCAAAUGGUGAAGAGUCCCGUUUCGGUCCGAGACGGAAACCAUUCCAUUACAUCGGGCGCUGCAUUGGUUUUCUAUUUUGGACGCAAUCACGGAUUUCGGCCUAGACUAAAGUCGACAUGGCUCGUGGACGAGCCGUCAAGACAAUCAUACCACUAGGGCUACAUCAACUCCUAAGGAUUCGUGGAAAUUUGUGGCCCAUUCAAGAUCCGGCAUGCUCCUACGAAGUGCAGAGUCAUCGUCCCGAUAUGCAGAUGCCUGAAUCCGUACGGUCCAGACAUAUGGCAAACAAGCCAUCUGAGCUACUUCCAGGGCGUUAUAGAUACUAUUUAUGAUGAAA